UCUUGUUUUUUAUUUUGCAGGAUCUUUUCUUUUCCUUUUUAUCUCUCGCUUUCUGCUAUAUUUCCCCUCUUUGUGCUAACACCAUGGAUGCAGGAUCUUUCACCUCUUCUAACAAGACCCAGUCUCGAAACCCUCUUCAAGAACACAUCCUCCAGAGAAGAAGCUCCCGUGAAAAUUUGGAUAGAUUCAUACCCAACCGUUCCGCGAUGGAUUUCGACUUUGCUCGUUACAUGUUGACAGAUGGAAGAGUGGACAAAGAAGCCACCGCAGUGCUCUCUCCAUCAAGAGAAGCUUACAGGAAGCAAUUAAAGGAGGCUUUCAAUAUGAACAGAACUCGGAUCCUUGCUUUCAAGAACAAGCCACCUUCCCCAGUUAAAGGGAUUUUAUCAGAAUCCACUCCAUCUGUUCAACAAUUGAAACCUGUAAAGGCGAGAAGACAUAUUCCUCAAUCUUCAGAGAGAACAUUAGAUGCCCCUGAACUUGUAGACGAUUACUACUUGAACUUGCUUGACUGGGGCAGUGCCAAUGUUCUAGCGAUUGCCCUAGGGAACACUGUCUACUUGUGGGAUGCUUCCGAUGGAUCUACUUCUGAGCUUGUGACACUUGAUGACGAGGAUGGCCCUGUCACCAGUGUUCGCUGGGCUCCCGAUGGAAGACACAUUGCUGUUGGCUUGAACAAUUCUGAAAUCCAUUUAUGGGAUUCUUCCUCCAAUCGACAGCUGAGAACUUUGAGAGGUGGGCACCAGUCCCGUGUGGGAUCGCUUGAUUGGAACAAUCACAUUCUGACCACCGGAGGAAUGGAUGGUCUUAUCAUCAACAAUGAUGUACGAGUAAGGAAUCACAUUGUUGAAACCUACAGGGGACAUCACCAGGAGGUCUGUGGGCUAAAAUGGUCAGCUUCCGGGCAGCAUCUAGCCAGUGGAGGGAAUGACAAUCUUCUGCACAUCUGGGACCGAGGAAUGGCCUCUUCGAAUUCUCCGACUCAAUGGCUUCACAGGUUGGAAGACCACACAGCAGCAGUGAAGGCUUUGGCCUGGUGUCCUUUCCAGAGCAAUUUGCUCGCCUCUGGUGGUGGUGGAGGAGACCAAUGCAUAAAAUUCUGGAAUACUCAUACUGGUGCAUGCUUGAACUCGGUGAAUACAGGGUCUCAGGUCUGUUCCUUGCUGUGGAGCAAGAAUGAGAGAGAGUUGUUGAGCUCUCAUGGGUUCACUCAAAAUCAGCUAACUCUUUGGAAGUACCCAUCUAUGGUUAAGCUUGCUGAGCUCACAGGACACACUUCGAGAGUUCUGUUCAUGGCACAGAGCCCAGAUGGUUGCACAGUGGCAUCUGCAGCUGCUGAUGAAACGCUUAGAUUUUGGAAUGUGUUUGGGGCUCCUGAAGCUGCGAAGCCUACCCCCAAAACAAGCCAGGAGCCAUUUUCUAAUAUAACCCGCAUUAGAUGAAGGAUCUAAG